AUGGGCGAGCAUAAUCUCCUUAAUCCAGGGUUUGUGGGACCUUUGGUAAACAUCCACACUGGAGACACAUUUUACUUUCCGAAUUUUAGAGCCUCAGGGGGACAACUGGCGGGGCUACCGUCUCUCUCCUACCCGAGAAGGGACAAUGUUUGCUCCCUCCCGUGGAAUCCUUCGGAGCCGUGCAAUGGAUACUCUCAAUCCUACUUUAGCAGCCCUGUGUCUAUUAACCCUUCUUUCAAUCGGUCGUGUGAAAUUACCAGACCAGAAGAGGGUAAAUGUUAUUAUAACAACGGAAACGGGAACAGGGAGACCUGUUCAGGUGGCAGCAGCCUCAAACGAGAGGAUAGGGCGAGAGACACAUCAUCAUUAACAUCUGACCACGGGAUGCACAGUGGAAUUGGCAGCACCACCGCCUUUUCCAAAUAUGAUUACGGGACCGAGCAGCUAACGCAAGACCCGCCAUCCUGUCAGUCAAUGGAGUCCGACUCCAGCUCCUCUUUGCUCAACGAGGGCAGCAAGCCUCCAUCCAGCGACACACAGACCCUGGUGUCACCGGGAAGCCAUGCAAGCAACAUAGCCGCUGGCGGAGGUGCCCCAUGGUACCCGAUGCACACUCGGACAAGAAAGAAGCGUAAACCGUAUUCCAAACUUCAACUGGCUGAGCUAGAAGGCGAAUUCAUGAUGAACGAAUUCAUCACCAGGCAGCGGCGGAGGGAGCUCUCCGACCGUCUGAAUCUCAGCGACCAACAAGUCAAGAUCUGGUUCCAGAACCGCAGGAUGAAGAAGAAGAGACUCAUGCUGAGAGAGCAAGCUUUGGCCUACUUUUAGAGAUGCGGCAGAAGGGGAAUCGAUAGGCAGUAAAGGCCAAGCCUUCUACGCUCCCUUAGGUCUCCUUUGAAUGCAUGCACUCAUCUAUCCAUCUUUUGCAUUGCAGGCAAUUAUUAAACAACAUUUUUAGAUUUUUUUUUUCUCAAAGGUGCGGGCUACACAAGCCCAAAAACCAGCCACUAGCUGGCAUUCAAAGCUAUAUUCGACAUGUUGCCUUCAUGUUUGGUAUAAUCGCACAAAAAGCUGUGAGAAUGUGUUUUCUGUGUAGGAUGCAUCUCUUGGUUUUACUGAUUUGUCAACAGAUGAGUCUACGCCCAUGUAAGCCACGCGAAAUAUGUCGUCAAGGCAAUAGCUCAGUUUAGGAUGACACAUCAUCCCUUUUGUUCCUUUUUUAGUCAGAGGGAAUGGGGAGAGAGCGGGGCCACUAGCUAAAAUCUCAAAUAUAAUAGGCCUAAAAAUAACAGUGAAGUCAGAAAGGCAGAGAAGGCUGACUGGCCUGCUGGAUCCGCAUCUGCGCAAUAAUUUCUCUGAAGUUAUGAACUGAUAAAGAAGAAUCUUCCUCCCGGUUGCUUAAUACUUCCACAGCCAUAAUUUGUUGGGUAAGAGGAACGUCAAGUUAUCUCCUUUCCAUAGUUUUCGCCAGGCGUUGUGGGCACGUUCACGGUCACGGGCAGGACGUCUGGGAGUCUGCAUGAGGAGAGGGAGGACUAAAACCGCAAUGUAAUCCAUAUCGUUAUCUUUAUGACUGCGCAUUGAACAAUGAAUUGCCAUGACUUUGGUUCAUGUGCUAACAAGUUUCUAAAGGUAUUUUUCUUACUUUUAUUACCUUUCAACUUGUCUUAACAACAACCACAGAAUCCUGCAUGGGUUGCAUUUCUUUGACUGAGUGAGAUCACCGUUUGAAUACGGGUUUGAGCUGCUAUUAAAAGUCCACGUCCAGAUUGUGUAAAAAAAUAGUGUAUUCUACAAUAAACUCGCGAGGAUCUGUAAUGGAAAUAUUCACCAGUAUUUAGGCCAUCUUGGUUAAACAAGGAACCGCCUGAAGUUGCAACUGGGGGGCCGGAGGAGGGCUGGUUUUUAGGCUUACAAGAGCAUUUCUGAAACUUGGUGCUCAUAAUGAAAAUAAAUAUCUAGGAAUUUAGAAAAGUUAAUCAUAGGCCUACGUGUGUACUCCCUUAAUUCCGGGGUAAUGCAGUGCAUCAUCUGUCAUGUAUAACGAGUAAGCUAUAGCAGUGAAAUGUAUUUGCAGCAUGUUAUUGAUGUGAAAUAGCUAUAAGUCAUGUUCUGCGGGCCACUUUUUCUGUAGGUGACUUUUUAAUACAAAUGUUUUUUUCUGAACAAAUCAAAAACAAACACCACCUAAAUGAUUUUUGACACAAACGUCUGCAAAGAAUGUUUUAUUAUUAGUAUUAUUAUUAAUAGUAUUAUUAUUAGGGUGGGAGGACAGAGGGCCUAUCAGGCCUACUUAAUGUACUUGCUCCUUGCAAUGUGCUCGAUGUUGUCCCUUUCCUUACCUUGUACUCGUGUAUAACUUUAUAAAAUUAAAUUACAUAUGUUACUAUUUGCAUCCUGUUUGAGGAUCCCUUAUCGCUAUGUAAUAGUGCUUUAUGUUAUUGAUCGUCUUGUACAAUAUUGCAUUCCAUAUAGCCUAUUUGUGGUUGUAAGGGUUGGACAUGUAGGCCUAUUAUAUAAUACUGCCAAGAAUGGAUAUAAGAAAUGGUAUGCAAGACAAUUUACAUACAUUCAUGACAUUUAAAGAAACCCUGUUUCAGUGUAAUAGUUGUUUGUUAUCGUUCUUUUAUUUCGUCCCUCAUUGCAUUCCCUUCUUUGCGCUCGUAAGGAUUGCUACGUUGUCUUGUAAAAGUAAUAAUGAUAUGAAUGUAUAUGCGUACGGUCUUCAAUAAACAGAAU